CAGUACCAGUCCGUGAGAUGACGCACUUCUUCUGCAGCUGUAGCCCAUUUUUCUUCCACCUGCUUUCCCAGAGCGUUGGAUCUUUGGUUUCCAUGUGACGCUUUGACGGCUUCAAAGCGUCGUUGGAGUGCGUUAAAUUAUGCUGCGUUCACACCAAAAGCCAAGCGAAUUUUCGCCACGCUUUACUCGCCCGACUAGUUAGUUAGUUAUUUCGCUUUAUUCGCCUCCCGCAUUAUUAAGGGGGCGCGGCUUCCCUGAAUCUCACCUACUCCUCCGCGGCGUCCAGCGCUGCUUCAGGUUGACCAGCAGCGGGCUUGGUGACCUGUUCUGUCGGCUCGGUGCCAGCGUCUCUCGGUUAGUGGAGGCUGGCUCGACAGCAGUCCAUUACACCAAGGAUUCAGGACGGUUCUAAACAUGUUAACGCUCUAAGGCGCAAAAUGUUGCGAUUUGUUUCAUUGUAUAUUUGGCUUUCCCGGGACCUUCAACUCGUCCUUAGCGCGCCGACUCUCGGUUUUGGAAAUAAUCCCAGACUGCUGCUGAGCAAAGAUGUAAGCAGUAGUGGAAUUGAAUACCCAGUUUCUCAGAAAUCCAGCGUGUUCUUCUAUGAUGAGGACUCUGAGGAGAUGUAUGUCGGAGGAACAGACUUUGUACUGAAACUUGAUGUGGAUGAUUAUCGUGUUAAGGAGACAUUCCGUUUGAAAAACUUGGGGCAUCAAAAGUGCCAAGAGGGUCAAUGUGAAAAUGUAAUUACGGUGAUCGAGCAGUUUCAGGGCAGCCUGUUUGUCUGCGGAACAAAUGGAAACAACCCUCAGUGUUGGAAGCUUUUUUCUUCAGUGAACAACCAGACUGAUGCAAUAGUGGAGAGUUACGAGGGGAGAGGCAUCUCUCCAUUUGUUUACACACACAACUCUCUGUCCCUCACAGCAGACGGGGAUCUAUAUUCAGCGGUGCCUUUGAAUGUCGAUGGAAGUUCAUUACAAUUCAGAAGGAAAGCUGGAGGCAGAACUAACUUGUGGAUGUACGACGGCUGGGUCUCAGAGCCCACGUUCAUCUCUGCUUCCUGGGUAAGGCGGAUGAAGGACCCUGACAACGACAAAAUCUACGUUUUCUUCCGUGAGAAGAACUCUGAUCAGAAUCCGGAGGCUGACCCGUGGAUAUCGAGGGUUGCCAGAGUUUGUAAGGUAGAUGAAGGUGGAACAAAACGAUUCUUACAGAACACGUGGACAUCUUUCCUUAAGGCCCGCCUCGUCUGUGGGUUUGCAGAGGAAUCGCUCUAUUUCAACCGUCUCCAAGACAUUUAUGUGAUGCAUGCUGAGGACUGGAAAGACACCCGGGUCUACGCCCUUUUCUCGCUUUUCACAAGCAGCUGGAACUCCACAGCAGUGUGCAUCUAUUCCAUAGGAAUGAUUGAGGACGUAUUUGAGAACUCGACUUUCAAGGGCUACAACAAAGAAGUCCCAGAACCAAGGCCUGGAACGUGUGUAAAAAACAGCAGGACGUUGCCACAUGCCACUGUCAAUGUUGUGAAGGAUUACCCAGAAAUGACUGACUGGGUUCACUCCGUGCAUUUUAAAGAGCCUUUUUACAUAAGCAACAAUAACUACACCAACAUAGCUGUGGACCGCGUCCAGGCGGCAGACCAGCACACGUAUAACGUUCUUCUUCUGGCUACUGAUUCUGGGACAAUACAUAAAGUCUUGGAGACGGGGUCAGAACCUUUCAUCAUCUCUGAAACAAAACUCCCCAACUGUUCAAGCAUAAAAUCCAUGAAGCUUGUCCCCAAAAAGAAAAAGUUAGUGGUGGGUUUAGCAGAGAGAAUUUCUAUCCUGGACCUCCAGAGGUGUCAGGAGUACAACCAGUCCUGCGCAGACUGUGUUCUGGCCCGGGACCCGUACUGCGCCUGGACGGAGUUCAGAUGCACCCCAACUACUCCUGGAGGCAUUCAAAACAUCAUCGAUGGGAACAUAAGUCUAUGUACAUCAGCGGAAGCAGCAAAAUCAAAUCGGACCAAGCGGGAGGCAGCGUCACCAGCCGCGGUGAAUUUGACGACGGUUCACUCGGUGCCCCAGAGCGUCCCUUUCUAUCUGUCAUGUCCCAUAGAGUCCUACCACGCUGUCUACACCUGGGAGCACGGAGGCCAAAGCCACCCUUGUCUCCAAAUGCAGUCCAACUGCCUGCACCUCAUCCCAGCCAUGGCGCAGGAGAACUAUGGUCACUACCACUGCGUUUCCAAAGAGAAAGACUACACCAAAGUGGUGAAAACGUAUCAGCUUACGGAGCAAAUUAUUCUAGAUACAAAUAAACACACCAAGAAAUUCGAUAACACUUUAAAAACAAAUCGUGCGUCAGCUGCCGCGUCGCAGAAGGAAUGGAUCGUUCGUGGACUUGCUGUUUUGGGGAUUUUAAGGUAUUGCUGAAAUGAGUAUUUGACCUUAACAGUCCCUUCAUUUAUAUAAACAGAAGCAUGAACAUCAUCAGGCCCUUUGUCCUUGCUAUUGCUGUCAGGCCAGAGCACAGACAGCAUGAAAGGAAAUCCACCACAGCUGCAAACCUGACAAUUCAAUCAGGUAAAAAAAAACUAAAAACUAAUUUGUGCAAGCGCAUGUAUCGGUGUGUUUGGCAGAAAAGGAAAAUGUUUUUUUCCAAAGAGAAGCUAGAGGCGGAGGGGGCUGGGAUGGAGGGACAAAACAGCACAGAGCACAGCUUGAGCGAUCAAAGGGGCCCUAAUUGUGUCUUUGGAUCAGCUGAUGAUUCAGUUACCUGAACAUCAUUCAUGAACUAGUCAAUAUUUCACUUUGUUUAUUUCUCUUUCUUUUCAGUGAAAUAAAAAAGGGAAGAUGUAGGAAUUCCUUUUAAUAGGUUUUCUUUCUUUAAAAACACAUCUUAAAUCUGAUUAGAUAGCCAAAGAUAAUCGAGUUCACAGUAAGUAGGUAUCGCCCAGUAGAACUCGAGCAUAGCAUUGCUAGUUCAGUGGGAGUCAAGCAUAACAUUUCUCCACUCCCUGUCUGAUCCUGAGGGAUUAUGACGGAAAGGGUGGAGGCAGCAAAGGCCCUUCUCUGAAUUUCCCUCUUUGUGUUUAUCCAGUGUUCAGGGAGGCAUUCGAAAAAUGUGCAAUAAAAAUGUUUUGCUUUCUAGCAGACGAUGUCCGACAAAGUAAUAAAGUUUUCAAACAUUAUUUAAACCAAAAGCUGUAAAACUGUUACAGCAUCUUUAACAGCCUUAGUAUAUAUUAAACUAUAGUAUGUAUUUUUUUAACAGUAUUAUGUUGCCGUACUCUUUGUUUCACAAUAGAAUAUUUUUAAACUUGCAAGCACUAUAUUUAGAAAGGAAAUAUUGUUGUAUAAUGUUACCUUGAAAAGAAUGUAAGUGAUUGUUCUGAUUUCCUGCUCAGAUAAAUAGAAAUAGAAUGGAGCUAACAAGCAGUUGUAGCCAUACCUCUCUUAGACCGUAAAGAGAUUUAGAGCAGUUUACUUAUCUCUAGUAGGUCAUGCAUGCAACAGACGUGACACUGCACAAACUAGCUUAAUUAGGUCGACAACAACCAAGGAUUUUCAGCUUAACCUGUGUCUGGUCUCAACCCUGCUAAUGAUAUUAUUACCUAAAUGCAUCGUGUUUAGGAAAAUAAGUCAAGAACACUCUGACUCUCUCUGUGACCAUAAUCCACGAUCUCACAAGUGGAAAACUGCUGGUAAAUUGCUUGGUUUUCCUGUUUUUGAGUCAGGAACAGAGGGAGCACAAUCAUCUGGCCUGUUAAAAAACAAACCAAAAAACCUGUUCAAUCCAGGGUCAAAAGAGAAACUUUUGACUGAUGAGAGACAGCCUGUUUUCAGUGUUAGACGCAACACGACUAGAGAGGACCAGUACACUUUAAUGAAGAUCAGGGAGAAUCUGUCUUAAGCCGGAGCUGACCCAACGUCUCAGUGACGCCUGUGCAAAGUAUCUAUGCAACACGUAAUGGACCUGUCGGCUGCUGGGAAGCUCACACAGUUCAGGUGGGGGUGCAAAAAUGUGUUUUCAUGCAUCUGUGGUCAACAUCACAUGACUGUGAUGUCUACGCCUGUCAGUCUUUGAGCCACCCAGUUUAUUCUACUCAAAAGUGGAGGCAACGUGGCUUAGAAAGAACUAUUUGUUUGCAUGUAAGCCGACUUUAGGAAGCACUCAUAGUGUCAGCAUCUUUAACGUGUCAGCUGCUGUUAGUCUGGGUUGCGCGACACUGUACUCCCUCAAUUGUGAGACCAAUGACCUUGAGUUCCUUGUGUUUCUGCUGUGAUCCGAUAUGAUCCCACAUUAACCUUGAGCCCUGGAGGGUCUGGACCACAAUUCACGUCCCCAUGUUUUCCUAUUUUGCCUCGGCAAAAGAAAACUCUGAAAGGCCACCAUAGAUAUGGGAAUAUUGGCGCAAAAUAUGAUGUUUUCUUAUGCAUAAGUACUCCAAAGUAAUGGUUCAUGGUUGGAAUAUGGAAGCUGGCCUAGAAACAAACUGUACUUGGUGAACAUAAAACACAAUGUUAACUGUAUCUAAGAAAAAACCAUAUAAUUUGUUUAAA